GAACGGUGAAGACCCUGGCCAGCUGGGCCUGGGCUCCGGCAGGCCGCAGGCGGCCAUUGUGAACCACGGUUUAGGUUACGGUUUUAGGUAAACAGGUAUCAUUUCUGAGAGAACCAUGAUUCAUGGGGCUCUGUAAACAUGCUAUAUAGGUACAGCACUUCAGAAGAAGUUGCUCCGCAGCGUACUGGUUCAUCAGUGCCAUCAAUCCUUCAUCAAUCACAGAUUGACAAGCAAAGAAGAGGCCAAAAGGUCGUGCCAUAUGCUGAAGCGGUGAAAGCGGCAACGCAGGAGUGUCCACUGAGUCGGUACGUGUGGUAUUAGAUUCUGCAGUGUCGCCUUCAGAAACCCGCAGUCUUUACUGGUAGACACAAGAGCACAGAUUACACGAUGUCCGACGUCGGCGCAACUGCUGACACGACGCCAGCAUUAUCUGGAGGCACCAGGCUGCGCCUGAUCACAAUCACCGUCUCCCACUACUGCGAGAAAGCGCGGUGGGCCCUUGAGAAGCAGGGGGUAUCCUUCUCUGAGGAGGGGCAUCUGGCGGUUCUCCAUCUCUUAGCCACCAGGUGGGCAGGCGGGCCGCGGACGGUUCCAAAGCUGGUUAUCGAAACCACGGGCUCCAACCCCGGUUUAAUCAACGAAUCGUCUGACAUCAUCCGGUUUGCGGAUGAGCACCGGGCGUCUGGAAAGGGGACGCUGUAUCCAGAGGACAAGGCGGCGGAGAUCGAUUCGUGGAUGGAGAAGUUUGACAAGGAGAUCGGGCCGCACGUGCGGCGGUGGGCAUACUACCACCUGCUACGAAGCGAUCGCGGCUUCGAGGUCUGCUUUCAAGGUGGCACGUCCUCGCUCGAGCGCACCGUCUUCUGGACGUCGUGGCCGGUGCUGAAGCCCAUGUACGGACAGGCGUUCAAUCUGACGGAAGACGGCUACAGGCGAUCCCUGAGCAGGCUGGAGGCAGUAUUCACCGAGGUUGACAAGACGCUGGCGGAUGGUCGGCCGUACUUGACGGGCGACCAGUUCACUGCGGCGGACCUGACGUUGGCGGCCUUGGCAUACCCUGCCAUUAUGCCGCCCGAGAUGAAGGUGCCCAAGUUCCCGCCCGUGGACCGGCUCCCCGCCGAGAUGCGGGACCUAACUCUCGCAUGGAGAGAGCGGCCGUUUGGCAAGUUGGUUCUGAGGGCUUAUGAGAAGGAGCGUCACGGCAUGUGAGGAAGUGCAAGGUGCAAGCGCAACCGAGUGUAGAUAGUCGUAAUCAGACGGGUUUUUGCUAGACGCCUGUGCUUUAAGCGGGAGCAGAUAGGCAUACCCUAUGGAACGCUCGUAGAUCGACAUCUCUCUUGAUCUCUUGAGCAUUAGCGAGUCAAAAGAAUCAGAAGCAGCCGGUGUUGAAAGCGGCGCUCGAUGCGUAGUGUUUCAAUUAGAAGCCUAUAUAUACGCAUAGCUGCACACACGAUCAGCCUUAACGAUCAGACAGCUCACCGUGGCAUCACAUUCAGUUCGCGUAACGACCCAUUUGUAAGAGAUUCUGAUCAACACGCAGUGGUUAAGAAUUUGACUCUGAAGUUCUCUCUGGAACUGGGCUGCAAAUGUUUGUCGGAGUAUGAAAAGCACUCGGGUCGUAUUCCCAUCUUGCUACUGUUGGGUUUAGUGGACACCCCUUCACGAAGGCGGCUGGCUUUCUAUCGCGGUUCAUGUAAAUUAGCAACCUACUGAACGUUGGAAUGUCGUUUGCCAGCUGUCAGUAUACGGGC